AUGCCUCCAAGGCGACGGACCAGACCUGACCCCGCAAGGCAGACAUCACGAAACUCGACCGAAGCACCAAGUGACCAUGGCUCGAGGAAUCUGAAGGGUGAAAAGGCAUUCCGGUGUCGCUUCUGUACCAAGGCCUUCUAUCGAAAGGAGCAUUUACAGCGGCAUGAAAGACUCCAUACGAAGGAGAAACCUUUCCGGUGCACAAUUUGCCCUGCUGGCUUUGCUCGAAGAGACCUCCUCGCUCGCCAUGUUCGCCUGACUCAUGUAAAAGACGUAACGCCUCAUGGGGAUCCGAAAACGGACGAACCUAGCCACAGCGACUGUCCAUCGCUGUACGGGGACCAUUCAGAAAUCCUAGACAGUGGAUCCAAUCAAGAAGUUUCACACCAAAUGGCAGCUGGCGUUCUCUCGGACCAGAGAGUGGUCCCAACGUCUGCAAUCGAAUGCUCGUCCCUCUCAGCACCUCUUCCAUCGUCAAUCCCUACACUCGGCGUGGGACUUCCUCAUCAACCCAACAUCAUAAGCGACUUUGAUCUGUUUAUCGACAGCAUCAAUGGGACAUACGAUGGGGAUCUAUCGUCGUUUUAUGUUGAUCCAACCAUUUUACAGACGCCUCCAUCUGCCCUUUUUCCUAUUAUGGAACCAUCUCAACUAAACGACUCAAAUAUCCGGCUUCCUGCGUCUAAUGGGGUAUACGCUACAGAAACUCGAUUCUUUGAUGAAUUCACGUCUACAUUGCCGUCAUUCGAGCCGUCCCAGGAAGCAAAGGCAGGGAGGGAGCCCCAGAUGAUCACGCCGCAGGACUGGGACUGUCUUUUUGCCGAAAUUCAGAAAUUUGGUUUUAUCAUCCCUCAGGGCUUCUUUCUCCCUUCUCGGCAUACCAUGACCAGGUACAUUUCAACCUAUUUCGCAGGGUUCCACCGUCAUCUUCCUUUCAUCCACUUCCCAGCAUUCGCCACUGCAAAAUGCCCGGUUGAGCUGAUCUUGUCAAUGGCAACUAUUGGUGCGAUAUCAGCGUUUGAUAACAACAACGCUGUCAUGCUAUUCCGAGCUGCAUUUGCAAUUUGCAAAGAGCGUCUCCGUCAACGCAAGGAGCAGCGGCACUGGAUGACUUUUCAAGCUAAACAGCCGUCUCCAGCACGUCUACAACCAAAAGAGGCCUUGGAUGACAUUGCUCUUUCUGGCGAAACAAUACAACUAGAGCACGGCCGGGAGAUGGAACAUGACUCCCGAUUCAACCCGCUUCCCCUCGCACAGACAUUGCUUAUCCUUAUGGCAAUGGCCACAUGGGGAAAUUCUGAAGCUAUAUAUGACGAGGCAGUCGGGAUUCAAAACAUCCUAGUCAACUAUAUGAGAGCCGAAAAGCUGUUAGAGCCACGGCCAUGCGGAAGCUUGAAGUGGGAUGCAUGGAUUCAAGAGGAGGGCUUUACGAGAACGAUUGCGAUUAUUUAUUGCUUUUUCAACUUUCAUACAAUAAUCUACGAUCUGCCGCCGCCGCUUCUCAACUCAGAACUUAGUAUUCGUCUACCGUCGCGCGAACAGGAUUGGGAGGCCGAAAGCGAAGAGCAGUGGCAACAGGCUCGCAGUAAAUACGGUCCUGAGCCUGACUUUCAAUCUGCAUUCUCGUUGUUAUUCUCUCCAAAAAGGGAAAAAGCUCGCCAGCAGCAUUGUUCUUCUUUAGGUGGUUACACGUUGAUUCUCGCCUUGAUCCAGCACAUCUACUUCCUGCGAGCGAUAGCAAAGUCCGGGUCUGAAGGAAACCAAACGAUUACCCCCGAAGAUACAGCCAACAUCGAACGAGCAUUGAUAAACUGGCAGAGUGGAUGGAACCAGGACCCAGAGUCAUUCCUAGGCCCGGGAAGCCCACUCGGCCCUAUCUCGUUCAACUCAACAGCCCUGCUCCGAAUGGCGUAUAUCCGAUUUAACGUGGACCUUGGGCCAUGGCGCGCUCUGAACACUCAUAUCCCAGAGGAGAUUGCAUUGUCCAUGUAUAAUAGCCCGCCUCUCCCGACGAACCGCAGGAUCACCCGUGCGGUGCUCUACUCCGCGCAUGCGCUGAGUAUCCCUGUGAAAAUCGGAAUUAAUAUCGUAAAACACAAUCAGGCAUUCUCGUGGUCUCUCCAACAUUCGCUAUGUGCGCUGGAAUGUGCAUUCAUUAUCAGCAAGUGGCUGAUUGCUAUACAGCCCCGUGUCGCGGGAGGGGCCAUGGACGAGGAAGAGGCGAGAUUGCAUGCGUAUAUAGUGGAUAUGGUGACUGAGGCAGAGGCUGAGGCUGAGGCUGGAGGGGAAAUGGAUUCGAUGUCUUGUAUUGACUUGUGUGCGAGGGUUGUUCGGAUUUGGGCGGUGAUAUUCAGUGGGAAGGCGCAUUGGGAUGUGGUGCGGAUGGUGGGGGAGACCUUGGAUGCAUAUGCGAAGGUCUUGGAUGGGCGGGCUAUAUAG